UCAGUUGGGUAGUGCAGCUUUUGUUGUUAUUCCCGGAGAAAAAUGCCAGUGAUAUUUUCUUGAGACGUGUAAUUGCAGUGAAAAGUGAUGCAACAAUGCCGUGCAUGUGUUCUAUGUUAUGUACCCUGACAAUGGGGAUGUUUUUCACAGCAGUUGCCGGAAUUGUUGUGAUUUUCCUGCUGAGGACUAUUCUUCGAGGAAAGAAAUCUCGUAGGGCAAAGGAAGAUCCCAAUGCUAUCUUUAUUGGCCUGUUUCAUCCUUACUGCAAUGCUGGAGGAGGAGGAGAACGAGUGCUUUGGUGUGCUGUCCGCUGUCUCCUGAAAAAGUACUCUGAUGUGAAAGUGGUUAUAUAUACGGGAGAUGUUGGAAUCAGUCCCAGAGACAUUUUGAAAAAGGCCAAGAAUACCUUCAAUGUCAGUGUCCAGGAGAAGGACGUGGAAUUUGUUUAUUUGCAUCGAAGGAAGUGGGUGGAGGCUGUCAAGUAUCCCUAUUUUACGCUCUUGGGGCAGAGUUUGGGGUCAAUGUGGUUGGGUCUGGAGGCAGCCUGGAAGUUCCCUCCGGAUGUUUUUGUGGAUACAAUGGGGUACGCUUUUACUUUUCCAAUCUUUCGCUUCCUGGUGGGUUCGAGGGUGUCCGGGUAUGUUCACUAUCCCACAAUCAGCGGCGACAUGCUGAGGAGAGUGAAAGCCAGGACACUGGCUCACAAUAAUAAGAACUACGUGGCCAGAAAUCCCUUCCUCACUGGCAUUAAACUCUUCUACUAUCGGCUGUUUGCCAAGGUUUAUGGAAUUGUGGGACGCUGUGCAGACAUUGUCAUGGUGAAUUCUUCCUGGACAGAAGGACACAUCAAUUCCCUUUGGCAGAUUCCCCUCAAGACUCACCGGGUUUACCCUCCGUGUGACGUCAGUGACCUCAAGAAAAUCCAUUUCAUUGGGAACGAUGCCGAGCGAAUUGUGAUAAUGUCAGUGGGACAAUUUCGUCCCGAGAAGGAUCAUCCCCUUCAGCUGCAGGCAAUGUACGAACUGAGAUCUCUCCUGGUGAACGAUGAGCCUCUGUGGAAUCGACUGAGGCUGGUGAUUGUUGGAUCCUGUCGUCAUGAGGAGGAUAUUGAGAGAAUGAAAAAUAUGAAGGAUCUCAGUAAGCAUCUGUCCCUGGAAAACAGUGUUGAGUUCAGAGUGAAUGUGACUUAUCAGGAGCUGCUGCAGUGCUACCAAACAGCCCGGAUUGGCCUCCAUACGAUGUGGAAUGAGCAUUUUGGGAUCUCAGUGGUUGAAUCUAUGGCAGCUGGGCUGAUUAUGGUGGCCAAUAGAUCCGGAGGCCCUCUCAUGGACAUUGUGGAAACAUCCCCAGCCAGUCAAACAGGAUUUCUUGCUGUGGAUGCCGUGGAGUAUGCACAGUGCAUUGCAACAAUUCUCUACAAUGAUCCAGAAGACAAUGAUACAAUCAGGACGGCAGCAAGAGCAUCAGUGGAUCGUUUCUCCGAAGGGGAGUUUGAAAGUGCAUUUUUACGAGUGAUUGCACCCCUCAUUGAGUUGGAGACUACAUCGAAACAUGAAUGAGAUGUAAAUAUAUAGCAGCAGGACAAGGAGGAGGAGGGGGUGGGAAAAGUUAUUAAAAAAUGCGACAAUUGAAUCCUCAUAUGCUAUUUCUCUUAUAUUUAAAUUCUCAUUCUUUUCUACCAUUUUCCACAUUUCCCCUUCCUCAUUCUCCCUCUUUUAUUUGCAUCGUUGAGGAAAAUCUUGCAAUGCUUUCCACCCUUCCCCCUAAAAAUCUAUAAAAGAUGUUUCUAAGGAGCAUCCCAAUGUGUGCAAAAUUCAAUUUUUCCCGGGGUAUAUGCAAUAAAAAUUGGAGUUCAAUUGAAAAUAACAAUAAGAGGGCUGUCAGGGGAGGAAAUGAAAAAUUUGUGAGGGUUUUUUUUUGGGAAAGAAGAAAAAAAAUAUUGGGAUGUAAUUGGAAAAUUGCGAUUUCAAUUUGCGAUUGGAUAAUUGAAAGGCUAAAAAUGCAUGAGAGAAAUGGCAAGAGGAAUGGAAACUGAAAAGUCAAAGUGAUUUUAAACCAAGGAAAUAAUACACGUAUAGAUAAUCAAUUGUUUACGGUUGCAUGAUUUGAUAAAUUACGCAUGAAUUUGUAAUGGCAUAAAGUAAAUGGAUGCAAUAUUAUAUUGCAUUUUAGUAAGAUUAAUUUUAAGAUAUAAGUUUAUAACGAAUAAAUAAAUUCAAGGCACAAUAAAAUCUACAGAAAUUACCCCAUUA